CGGGAGCCGCCAUUGUCGCCGCCGCCGCGCUCGCAACAGCGCUCCCGCCUUAAAGGGGCCGCGCCACCGUAUCGCCCAUCAAGACCGGGUGGGGCCCACCGUUCCCAUCACCGCGCCCAGCCCGAUCCGCGCCACAACCAUGAGGGAGAUCGUCCACAUCCAGGCGGGCCAGUGCGGCAACCAGAUCGGGGCCAAGUUUUGGGAAGUGAUCAGCGACGAGCACGGCAUCGACCCCACCGGCACUUACCACGGCGACAGCGACCUCCAGCUCGACCGCAUCAGCGUCUACUACAAUGAGGCCACCGGGGGUAAGUACGUGCCAAGAGCCAUUUUGGUGGACCUGGAGCCGGGCACCAUGGACUCGGUGCGCUCAGGACCCUUUGGGCAGAUCUUCCGACCGGACAACUUCGUUUUUGGCCAGAGCGGCGCGGGCAACAACUGGGCCAAAGGUCACUACACGGAGGGGGCCGAGCUGGUGGACUCGGUCCUGGACGUGGUGAGGAAGGAGGCGGAGAGCUGCGACUGCCUGCAGGGCUUCCAGCUGACCCACUCGCUGGGCGGCGGCACCGGCUCCGGCAUGGGCACCCUCCUGAUCUCCAAGAUCCGUGAGGAAUAUCCCGACCGCAUCAUGAACACCUUCAGCGUCGUCCCGUCCCCCAAGGUGUCGGACACGGUGGUGGAACCCUACAACGCCACCCUGUCCGUCCACCAGCUGGUGGAGAACACGGACGAGACCUACUGCAUCGAUAACGAAGCCCUCUACGACAUCUGCUUCCGCACCCUGAAGCUGACCACCCCCACCUACGGCGACCUCAACCACCUCGUCUCGGCCACCAUGAGCGGCGUCACCACCUGCCUGCGUUUCCCCGGCCAACUCAACGCCGACCUCCGCAAGUUGGCCGUCAACAUGGUGCCCUUCCCGCGGCUCCACUUCUUCAUGCCGGGCUUCGCCCCCUUAACGUCGCGCGGCAGCCAGCAGUACCGCGCCCUCACCGUCCCCGAGCUCACCCAGCAGGUGUUCGACGCCAAGAACAUGAUGGCCGCCUGCGACCCCCGCCACGGCCGCUACCUCACGGUCGCCGCCGUCUUCCGAGGCCGCAUGUCCAUGAAGGAGGUGGACGAGCAGAUGCUCAACGUGCAGAACAAGAACAGCUCUUACUUCGUCGAGUGGAUCCCCAACAACGUGAAGACGGCCGUGUGCGACAUCCCGCCCCGGGGUCUGAAGAUGGCCGUCACCUUCAUCGGCAACAGCACGGCCAUCCAGGAGCUCUUCAAGCGCAUCUCGGAGCAGUUCACGGCCAUGUUCCGACGCAAAGCCUUCCUCCACUGGUACACGGGCGAGGGGAUGGACGAGAUGGAGUUCACCGAGGCCGAGAGCAACAUGAACGACCUCGUCUCGGAGUACCAACAGUACCAGGACGCCACCGCCGAGGAAGAGGAGGACUUCGGUGAAGAGGCCGAAGAGGAGGCCUGAGGGGAACGGUCGUCCUCGGAGAGCCCUCGUCCUUCACUGCCGCCGUCGUCGUCCUCGGAGAGCCCUUCGUCCUUCGCCGUCAUCGUCUUCGGAGAGCCCUUUGUCCUUCGCCGUUGUCCUUGGAGAGCCCUCGGCCUUCAGCGUCGUCGUCCUUGUCCUUCGUCAUCGUCCUCGGCCUUCCUCAGUGUCCUCAGCGAGCCCUUGCUCUUCGUCAUCGUCCUCAGCGAGCCCUUGCUCUUCGUCAUCGUCUUCAGAGAGCCCUUGCUCUUCGUCAUCGUCUUCAGAGAGCCCUUGCUCUUCGUCAUCGUCUUCAGAGAGCCCUUGCUCUUCGUCAUCGUCCUCAGCAUCCUCGGAGAGCCCUUGCUCUUCGUCAUCAUCCUCAGCGAGCCCUCAGUCUUUGCUGUUGUCACCAGAAGGCCACUUGGCCAUCGCCGUCGUCUUUGGAGAGCCCUCGGCCUUCAUCAUCAUCCUCGGAGAGCUGUUGUCCUUCAUCACUGUCACCAGAAAGCCCUCGGCCUUCACCGUCGUCACCGACAAGCUCUUGGCCUUCACCAUCGUCACCAGAAAGCUCUUGGCCUUCAUCAUGGUUGUCCUCGGAGCCCUCGGCCUUCACCGCUGUCAUUGGAGAGCCCUUGGCCUUCAUCAUCGUCAUCUUCAGAGAGCCCAAAGCCUUUGUCAUUGUCCUCGGAGAGCCCUCGGUCUUCACCGGUGUCAUCACCAGAGUCCUUGUCCUUCAUCAUGGUCACUAGAAUCCUUCAUCAUCGUCACCAGAGAGUCCCAGGUCCUUCAUCGUGAUCACCGAAGAGCCCUCAUCCUUCACCAUCAUCAUCGUCACCAGAGAGUCCUCGGAGCGUCCCCGUCCUUCGCCGCCAUCUUUGUCACCGUCCCCUCUCCGAUGUCACCGUCCCCUUCCGUGUCACCCCCCCCGCCCCCUCCCCCCGCCCCGCCGGGGGUGACGUCACCACUAAAUUAUUGCAGCUUCCCCGGGGAACCAAUUCACCCCUUUUUCCACCCAAAAAAAAAACCACCACUCCAGCUGCAGGGGUCUCCUGGGUGGCCCUGUCCCCGUGUCCCCAACCAGGGGCUCUCCUGUCCCCUCCAUGUCCCUUCCCCCACCCCCCCCACCCCCCAAAUCCAUCCUUUUUUGGUUCGUUUUUCUCCUUUUUAAGCUUUUUUUUUUCUCCUUUUUUUUUUUUUCAUAUUGAAAAGCCGCCCCCGGGCGAGGAAUAAACCCGGGAUGUAAAGCCA